UGCUGUAAUGUCUGUUGGAAUUAUAUAGAAUACAGCAUUUGGCAGCUUAUAAUCUUUCAUUAUUCCUCCUUUAAUUGUGCCACGUCAUCAUCAUAUAUCUGCUCUAGUCAUCAUUGCCGAUGAUUCAAACCCAAUCAUAGAUUACAAAAAUAUGCAUAACUACACAGAAUCCUCCCUCCAUCUUCUUCUCUUUCUCUCUCCUUCCUUGAAUUCUCUCGAAAUUUCCCUCAUAAAUUUUUUUUUUCGUUUUCUUUUUAAUUUUUUCCCUAUCUUCUCUCUAAGCAACAUGAAAGAUCGCUGACCAAAGAAGAUAACAAUUCAUGGCGAGUCAAGUCGAACCCAACUCAACCCAGAAACAGCUCCCAUCAUCCAACUCAGCGACUCAGAGCACUUAAAAAGCUCCGAGUUUCGUGGUCAAGAUCGUCAGCUGUUAUAGCCGGGUUCUUCUUUUUCUUCUAUAAGUCUCAUUUUUAGUAUAAAUUUUCGAUGUUUAUUUGUUUGUCUUUAAAGUCACCUUCUUGAUGACAUAAAGCUUGGUUUCUUUGGGUUAGGGAGGUUGAAAAUUGAGGCUUUAGAUCUGGGUUUCUUGAUAUUUUUGAUGAAAUUAGUGUUUUACUUGUUGGGUUUGAUGAAUUUGUGAUAAACGAAUUUUUAUUGGUUUUUAGGGUAAAAUUGAGGAUUUUUUAUGAUUUGGGUUUGUUUAGUUUUGUGUCUGUGAUAUUGGUUUCUUUAAUGUUAGGGUAAAUUUAAGGUUGUUAUAUCUGGGUAGCUUCAACUUGUGAAAAUUGUUAGGAGGGUUUAAAAGAAGGGUUUUUCGAAGCAUUUGUCAUGGGUGAGGAAGCACCUGAUACAAUGAACCUGGAUUUGAAUCUGGGUCCUGCUCCUGAGACAGGGUCAGGAUCAGUGUCGAAUGAAGGUGCAAAUUGGGAUGAUUUGGUUGAUAACCCGUCUGAUAGGAUUAGAGAAGCUGUUAGGCGUACGAGGGGGAGAUGGCGGCAGGAUCAAAAUCCUGCUGCAACUCAGAACCUCUCUGUGGAAUUGGAUCAAUUUAUGGGGAAUUCAGGCAAUGUGAGUGCGUUGCAGGCAGGUGAGGGCAGUGUUGCUGCAGAAGAAAGAACGAGUGAUGUGCCCAAAGCAUGUGAAAAUACCAAUGGAUUUUUAGAAAAUGAGGUUUCAGAGAAAAAGGUUGAUCUUGAGAAGGGUGUUAGCAAUGACGGGAGUUUUUUUGAUUGUAACAUAUGCCUGGAUUUGGCUCGGGAACCUGUUGUAACUUGUUGUGGUCACUUGUUUUGUUGGUCUUGCCUCUACCGAUGGUUACAUGUGCAUUCAGAUGCAAAGGAAUGUCCUGUCUGCAAAGGAGAGGUGACAGAUAAAACUCUGACCCCAAUUUAUGGUCGGGGGAACAUUACCAAUGUGCCAGAAGAGGACUUGGGUAUUAAGAUCCCUCCUCGGCCUACUGCACGGCGGGUGGACAGUUGGAGGCAAACUAUUCAAAGGACCGCUUUAAAUCUCCCAGAGGAGAUGAUUCGCCGCCUCGGAAGCAGAUUUGAUUUGACCCACGACCUAACUCCAUCACGGGAAGCCAAUGGUGGCCGGGAAACUACGGAAAGAACUAAUUCCAUUCUUGACAGGAUUUUGACAUCUCGCGGAUUGCGUGUAGAGCAAAAUGCAAUUGUGUCCCUCGGUGAUGUUGACUUGACGCCUAGCAGCACAACUGGUAUCGAUGUUAUGUCGUCCCGGAUUCAUUCUUUGUUCCAUCAAAGAGAAUCACAUUUGCGAAGAUCUGCAAGAUUUACUUCUCCGUCAUCUGCCUUGAGUUCAGCAGAAAGGUUAGUUGAGGCAUAUAUCCGAAGCAACCCGGCAGAAAGAAAUCAGGAGCAGCCACCAGCAGUUGAUGAUAGAGAUUCUUUCUCAAGCAUUGCUGCUAUAAUAAACUCGGAGAGUCAAAUGGACACUGCUGCUGAAAUAGACUCAGUGGUAUCACUUUCAGCUUCAUCUUCUGGAAGAAGAAAUGAUGCUUCAAGGGUUUCAGAUGUUGACAGUGGCGACUCUCGUGCGCAUAGAAGGAGACGACAGAACUAGGGGCUAGAAAGAAUUUUACCAUUAUCUCGUGACCUGGAACUGGUCGACAAUUGUUUUACUGCAUUCCAUUUAAUUGCUUUUAGUUUACAAAGAAUUGAGCUUCCAUAUUUAUGGGUGAUCAUAAAGCUUUCAAAUAUGUCAUCCUCCACAUUAUGUGAAUCGAAUUGUAAUCACCCUUUCAUAAGGGUCCGUCCUUCAUGCUCUAUGGCAAACAAAAUUGUACGGAGCUAGUUGACCCAUCUUUUCUCGCUGUACAUAGGCAUGCAAGCUUCAUAUAUAUGAUUAUCUUUGCUUUCAUAUGUCUUCUCUUUCUUCAUUUUUUUCUGUAAAGGAAAUCUGCUAAAGCUAUUACUCUUCCUCUCCUCCAAAAUUUAAUUUCUCAUAUGUAUUUCACGUGACUACGCAUUUUGUCAUAUCAACCAAAGAUGUUGGUUGUCAAUUUGUUUUAAGUUCAUCCAUUUUUAACAUCUAUAUAAGAUGCUCCACCUGUCCCAAU